AAAAAAAGAUUAGACAUGUCAAGAUUUUAUAAAGGAGGAUCAAGUAAUUCAGAUUCAAGCAGUUCGUCAGACAAUGAAAAUAUUUAUUCAUCAGGUUCUGGAUUGGAUUCAGAUGAUCAAGGCGGAAGAGAUGACCGUUCAUCAUCAGACAAAGAAAUUCAAAAAAAGAGAAGAACAGGAUUCCAGUUUUUAAAAGGAGAAGAUGCAGAAGAUAGUGAAGAAGAGGAUUCAAAGCGUGUUGUUAAAAGUGCGAAAGAUAAACGUACAGAAGAGUUUAAAACAUCUUUGAGAAAUAUUGAAAAUGCGCAAAAAAUCAAUGACUGGGUAACAAUUUCAUCAGAGUUUGAGAAAAUCAACAAGUUGAUUGAGCGGUUAAAAGUCUUAGGAAAACCUCCUCGACUUUAUAUACGUGCAAUUGUGAACUUAGAUAGUUUUUUGAAUGAAACAAUUAAAAAAGAAAAAGAGGUUAAAAAAAAGAUGAAUUCCACAAAUGCACGUGCUCUUAAUUCAGUAAAGCAACGUAUUAGAAAAAGUAAUAAAUUGUAUGAGGGAGAAAUCAAACAAUUUCUUCAAAAUCCAAAAGAUAAUUUGGACGAGUUUGUAGAACAAGAAACUUUGCUUAUUGAUGAGGAAUUUGUGAAGGAUGAUGUUGUUAAAAAUAAGGACAUUCAGGAAUCUAAAGAUGGGUUUUCAACGAUUGGGAAAAGUAAUCGUUCUUUACAGUUUACAACAGAAAGUAUUCUUAAACAUUUAAGAACAGUUUCGGAUUCCAGAGGAAAAAAAAAUACGGAUCAUGCAGAGCAGAUUAGAAUUCUUGAGAAAUUGCUCGAAAUUUCCGUUACACCAUAUCAUAAGAUUCGUGUACUUUUAGCAAUGAUUUCUUCAAAAUUCGAUUAUAGUUUUGGAACAGCAUCUUAUAUGUCUAUUGAUCAUUGGAAAUCAGCAGAAGGAGAUCUUAGGAGUUUGCUUGAGCUUUUAGAAAAUGAUUUUUCCUAUGUAGUUUUAGAAGAUGCAGAAGAAUAUGAUGAUGAUGUCGUUCCAAUUGCCAAAAGUGGUGAAGUUAUUAAGAUUCGUGGUAGUAUUGUUUCUUUUGUUGAUAAGCUUGAUGACGAACUUAUUCGAUCAUUACAAAAUAUAGAUCCGCAUACUACAGAUUAUAUUGAUAGAUUGAAAGAUGAAACAGAACUAUAUUCUAUUAUUUAUAGGACACAGUUAUAUCUUGAACGAAUCAAUGCAGGUGAUAGUAUUAGUCGAAUUAUUAUGAGGAGAUUAGAACAUAUUUAUUAUAAACCAGAGCAAGUCAUAAAUAUUCUUGAAGAAACAACAUGGAAAACGAUUCAAAAAUCUAUUAGUUCAAAAAUUACACCGUAUUCUGAAAAGCCAGAUGCGGCAGCUCUUAUACAUAAUCUUUGUCUUUAUCUUUACAAAAACGGUACUAGUUUACCUAGAACUAGAGCCAUGUUGCAUCAUAUUUAUCAUCAUGCAUUGCAUGAUAAAUUUUAUAAAGCUCGGGAUAUGUUAUUUAUGUCACAUCUCCAAGAUAAUAUCUUUACAGCAGAUAUUGUCACUCAAAUUUUAUAUAAUAGAACUAUGGUUCAGAUUGGUCUAUCAGCUUUUAGAAUAGGUAUGAUUUCAGAAGCACAUUCUGCUCUUCAUGAAAUAUGUGGUACUGGAAGAAUGAAAGAACUGCUUGCACAAGGACUACAAAUACAAAGAUAUAAUCAGGUUUCACCAGAACAAGAACGUCUUGAACGUCAACGCCAAUUUCCCUUUCAUAUGCACAUUAAUUUGGAAUUAUUGGAAUGCGUAUAUCUAACUUGCUCUAUGUUAUUGGAAAUUCCUUCAAUUGCUUCUUCAGGAUUUUCUUUGGACACAAAAAAAGUCAUCAGUAGAUCUUUCCGACGUAUGCUUGAUUACAAUGAAAGACAAUUAUUUACAGGACCACCUGAAAAUUCUCGUGAUUGUAUUAUGCAAGCAUCUCGUGCACUUGCUACAGGAGAUUGGAAAAAAUGUUGCGAACUUAUCAAAUCUAUUAAAAUUUGGGAUCUUAUGCCUGAAUCUCAAAAAAUUAAAGAUAUUUUAACAACUAAAAUUCAAGAAGAAGCAGUGCGAACAUAUUUAUUUACAUAUUCUCCAUUUUAUGAAACCAUUUCAAUUCCAAGAUUAUCAGAAAUGUUUGAUCUUCCUAAAAGCAAUAUUACAGCACUUGUUUCAAAGAUGAUUUCACAUGAAGAAAUUUCAGCAGCUUUAGAUCAAAUUCAUAAUGCAAUUAUUAUCCGAAAAGUAGAAUUAUCUCGUCUUCAGGGUUUAGCUUUAGUUUUAAUUGAUAAAAUUCAAACUUUUAUAGAUCAAAAUGAAAAAUUAUUAGAACAAAAGUCAAUGACAAUAGGAAAUGAAGUUUCAAAAAAACAAAACUUAAAAGGAAACAUUCAAACUCAAACAAAUAAGGAUAAAUCCACUGGACAUGUUAAAACUAAUCGCAACCUUCGAAAUGAUUUUAAAAAUGGACUCGGUCGAGUCAUUAAAUCUACAACAUAAAAUUCUUUUCAUAAUAUUUCUAUCUAUUUAAACAUCACGUUUUUGAUCCUUCUGAACAAGUUGCCCAAUUAUAUUUCCAGAUCUCUACUGGUGGUGUUUCUGUCGGUAUACGCAUUUCUACUGGAAAAUAAUAUUUCUUUUUUUUCAUGGCUGCCUUAAAUAAUCUCUUAUCUGUUCUUUCUAGUUCGAUACAUGCUCUUUUCAUCUUGUUAUAUUGCUUUUCAAGUUGUUUAUCAAGUUCCUCUCUCUUUAUUCGUUUAUGAAUUUGCCAAGCUCGAUGAAUUACUUCAUGUCUUUCAAGUUCUUCCUCAGAAAAUUCAAUAGGCGGACAAACUGGAGACUCAUAAAGAAUUCUAAGAAGAAGAUCUAGAGAAAUUUAAUAAAAUGUUAUUAAUUUUAUAAAACAACCUGUUUUUGAAUCAAUUGUCUUCUGUAUGGACGAAUUAUGUCGUAAAAAAGCCGUUUUUUUCAAAGAAAAACAAUAGAAAGGUCUAAAAACUCGU